AUGUUGCUCUUAACUUGGAGCGCACUUUCUACGGUUCUGGUAGGGCUCAUCAUACCAAGACUCACGGCCGCCGAUACUGCAACGUCACGGGCCCAGGUAGCUCUCGAUACGUUGCAGACCUGGUAUAAUGCCACAAGUGGUCUUUGGGAUACUUGCGGAUGGUGGAAUGGCGCGAACUGCAUGACCGUGAUCGCAGAUCUGGCCGCAAUCGACCCAUCCGUGUCAGAUACGGCAAAUUAUGUUUUUGAUAACACGCUACGAAUGGCACCAGCGCACAAUCCUAAUCCUGGCCCAGAAAACCAAGUCCACUCACGAGAUGGGGUUGCUGCUAAUUCCUCAGAGUGGCUAGACUCUGCGUAUGACGAUGAUGCGUGGUGGGCGUUGGCUUGGAUAGCAGCAUACGAUGUUACCAACGAUGAUACAUAUCUAGGACUAGCACAAGGCAUCUUUUCAAGCUUAACAAAAGCCUGGGGCACGCGCUGUGGAGGUGGUGGCCUACAAUGGAGUUCGACGAGUUCUUAUAUCAACGCGAUUACGAACGAGCUAUUUCUCACGGUUGCAGCACAUCUAGCCAACCGUGCAUCAUCAGACUCCGAGAGAGAUACAUAUAUUGGAUGGGCACAGAAGGAGUGGGAUUGGUUUGCUGCGCAAGGUUUCAUUGGGUCAAACUACACCAUCAAUGAUGGCCUUUUAGACAAUUGUCAGAACAACGGCCAGACAGUGUGGUCGUAUAACCAAGGCGUUAUACUAGGUGGUCUGGUCGAGCUCAACAGAGCAGCUCCUAACGACACAUACCUGGAAUCGGCCAACAAAAUUGCCCAAGCUGCGAUAAUGACCCUUUCUGACGCUAAUUUGGUGAUUCACGACGUCUGUGAGCCGAACUGUGCCCCGGACGCGACACAAUUCAAGGGAAUCUUCAUACGUAAUCUACAUAUGCUACAUCAAGACUCCCCGAAUGAUCUAUACAAGAAGGUGAUUGAGGCCUGUGCGAAUAGCAUUUGGGAAUAUGAUCGAAACUAUUUGAAUCAGUUAGGAGUUAACUGGGCUGGUCUAGUCGCUUCCAUCGAUGCUUCGACUCACAGCUCCGCAUUAGACGCAUUGGUCGCUGCGGUCACUAUCUAA